AUGACUUUUAUUUCAGGAAUCAAGAGGAACUCUGAGCUGCCCACAAGAAACAAAUACAGUGACAAGCCUGAGGCCAAGAAGGGACAACGCAGUGUGAAAGUGUGGAAUGAGAUGAAGCAAUCCACGGCCCUGGGAAACGGCGAGGUCCGGGCGGGCGGGCGCUGUAAAGCUCGCCCUCCACCUUCGCCCCCUUCCAAGCCGACCCAGAGCCGGUCAGGGCGCACCGCUGUGGAGGACUGCACGGAAGUUGUGGAAAAAUCGCGGGGUCCCUUCAGCGUGGUGAGAAGAUGUAUCAACAGAGAGACGGGGCAGCAGUUUGCUGUCAAAAUCGUAGAUGUGGCCCAGUUCACCUCCAGUCCUGGACUCAGUACCGAGGAUCUAAAGAGAGAGGCCAGCAUCUGCCACAUGUUGAAGCACCCCCACAUUGUGGAGCUGCUGGAGACGUACAGCUCAGAUGGGAUGCUCUACAUGGUUUUUGAAUUUAUGGAUGGAGCAGACCUGUGUUUUGAGAUUGUGAAGAGGGCAGACGCUGGCUUUGUCUACAGCGAAGCAGUGGCCAGUCACUACAUGAGGCAGAUACUUGAGGCGCUACGCUAUUGCCAUGACAACAAUGUCAUCCACCGAGACGUCAAGCCUCACUGUGUGCUGCUGGCGUCCAAAGAAAACUCUGCUCCAGUCAAGUUGGGGGGGUUUGGAGUAGCCAUCCAGCUAGGAGAGUCGGGACUGGUGGCAGGAGGUCGGGUAGGGACUCCCCAUUUCAUGGCCCCGGAGGUGGUGAAGAGAGAGCCGUAUGGUAAACCUGUGGACGUGUGGGGAUGUGGGGUCAUCCUCUUCAUCCUCCUCUCAGGGUGUCUGCCUUUCUAUGGCACCAAGGAGCGUCUGUUUGGAGCUAUCUGCAAGGGCAAAUACAAGAUGAAUCCCCGUCAGUGGAGCCAGAUCUCAGAGAGUGCUAAGGAUCUAGUGAGGCGUAUGCUGAUGCUGGACCCUGCUGAGAGGAUCACUGUCUACGAGGCUCUUAACCACCCCUGGCUCAAGGAGAGGGACCGAUAUGCCUACAAAAUCCACCUGCCAGAGACCGUGGAACAGCUGAGAAAGUUCAACUCCAGGAGAAAGCUCAAGGGGGCUGUUCUGGCUGCAGUCUCCAGUCACAAGUUUAAUUCCUUCUAUGGAGACCCCCCUGAAGAACUCCAUGACUUCUCUGAUGACCCCACCUCUUCAGGACUAUUAGCAGCAGAACGGGCUGUGUCUCAGGUGUUGGACAGUUUAGAGGAGAUCCACGCUUUGACAGACUGCAGUGAAAAGGAUCUAGAUUUCCUUCACAGUGUUUUCCAGGACCAGCAUCUACACACAUUGCUCGAUCUCUACGAUAAGAUCAACACUAAGUCAUCCCCACAGAUCAGAAACCCCCCCAGUGAUGCCGUGCAGAGAGCCAAAGAGAGUUCCUCCCAAGAUGAAGCAAGAGGCGCUUUGAAACAUCUGGAAUAUGUACUGGAAGAGAUCUCCUGCUACCCAGAGAACCAUGAAGCUAAAGAACUCAGACGGAUACUGACCCAGCCACAUUUUAUGGCCUUGUUGCAGGCCCAUGACGUGGUCGCCCACGAGGUUUACAGUGAUGAGGCUCUGCGGGUGACCCCUCCACCCACCUCACCCUACUUGAACGGAGACUCCCCAGAGAGCACCAACGGAGACAUGGACCUGGAGAAUGUCACCAGAGUCCGGCUGGUCCAGUUCCAGAAGAACACAGAUGAGCCAAUGGGUAUCACGUUGAAGAUGAAUGACUCAAACCACUGUAUCGUUGCAAGGAUUAUGCACGGGGGAAUGAUCCACAGACAAGGAACGUUGCAUGUAGGAGAUGAGAUCAGGGAGAUCAAUGGUAUCAGUGUGGCAAACCAGACUGUUGAGCAGCUGCAGAAGAUGCUGAGGGAGAUGCGAGGCAGCAUCACAUUCAAAAUAGUGCCAAGCUACCGGACGCAGGGCUCUUCAUGUGAGAAAGAGUCCCCCACCAUCUCCAGGCAGUCCCCUGCCAAUGGCCACUCCAGCAUUAACAGUUCUAUCUUGGACCUGCCAUCCACCAUUCAACCCAAGGGUCGACAGAUUGUAUCCAGACCUCCAAUCAAGGACAAAAUUUCUGUUAAGAUCUACGUAAGGGCUCAGUUUGAGUAUGACCCCUCCAAAGAUGAACUCAUCCCAUGCAAGGAAGCUGGAAUUCGCUUCCGGGUGGGUGACAUUAUCCAGAUCAUCUCCAAGGACGAUCAUAACUGGUGGCAGGGCAAACUGGAGAACACAAAAAAUGGCACGGCAGGCCUCAUCCCGUCACCAGAGCUGCAGGAGUGGCGAGUAGCGUGUAUAUCCAUGGAGAAAACCAAGCAGGAGCAGCAGGCCAGCUGUACUUGGUUUGGCAAGAAGAAGAAGCAGUACAAAGACAAGUAUCUGGCAAAGCACAAUGCAGUUUUCGACCAACUAGAUCUUGUCACAUAUGAAGAGGUUGUGAAGCUUCCUGCUUUCAAGAGGAAAACACUAGUUUUGUUAGGUGCCCAUGGAGUGGGCAGAAGACACAUCAAGAACACACUCAUAACCAAACACCCUGACAGAUUCGCGUACCCCAUCCCACACACAACCAGACCUCCAAAGAAAGACGAGGAGAACGGGAAGAACUACUACUUUGUUUCCCACGACCAGAUGAUGCAGGACAUCAGCAACAACGAGUACCUGGAGUAUGGCAGCCACGAGGACGCCAUGUAUGGGACGCGGUUGGAGACGAUCCGGAAAAUCCACCAACAGGGACUCAUAGCUAUACUUGAUGUUGAACCUCAGGCCCUGAAGGUCCUGCGGACAGCAGAGUUUGCUCCAUAUGUCGUCUUUAUUGCUGCACCAACGAUCACGCCAGGCAUCACUGAGGACGAAUCUCUCCAGCGGCUGCAGAAGGAGUCUGAGAUCCUGCAGAAGACCUAUGCCCACUACUUCGACCAGACCAUCAUCAACAACGAGAUCGAUGAGACCAUCAGGCACCUGGAGGAGGCCAUCGAUCUGGUGUGCACAACCAGCCAGUGGGUUCCUGUGUCCUGGGUCUACUGACAUGCAGCUCCCACCUUCACCACCACCUCCUCCCCCCCAGCAACAACACCUGAGCAAAACUCCCAUCAUUCACUCUUCAAAAUAAAAUAAAUGAAAAAAAAAAAACAAUUCACACAAGGAUUCAACCAAAAUCCUCCUGAACGCUGCACAAACAACCCGCGGUGGCCAGUUAUCGGACCCUUGCCCUGGCAGACGACGUAGUCAUAGUGUUGUAUAAAAACAGUAAACAAAAGUGAAUAUUGUCGUUUCUGUUCUAGCUAGGAGGCAACAUUUUUGUAGAUGUUUGUUUUAAAGAGACAGUACUGUGUCCCAUCCUGCCAUGUUGAUGCACCGUUAUCUCGCCCCAUCUCCGCCACAGCCCUCCAUCACUUUGUGGUCUUGUUGGGUGUUUAAGUACUAAACCAUCUUCAGAAAGACACUCAAUGGGUAUUCUGUCGAUCAGCAGACUAAGUAAAAGCACACAAACACACUGCAAUGUCUUCUCACCUAUAGAUCAUACCGGUCCUCAUCGUUUCUUCAUUCUUGUUGUUUUCAAAGCUGUAAGCUGGGUCACAUCCUCUCAUAACUAUGUCUUGUUAGCCUUUGGGUACAGUUAUGAUAUCACCAUACAAACACACACACACCUUUCUACCUACCAGGUACUGUCUCUUCUAAAUAAAUUCAAAAUGUAAAUGUUUAGAGAUUUGAAUGAGGUUCUCGUGCAUGUGGACAUUUGCAAGCUUCCAUGCUGUCCGUCAGUGUUCCCAUUGUCCCUCCACAAACCUCCAAGAAAGAAAAGAAGACACAAAAAUAUGAAUAUAUAUCUAUAAAAACAUUCCAGCUGUUUGGAAAACCGAACCCAACUAAGGGAAGCAAGAGGGGGAAAGAAAAACUGUGAUGGAGCCAGACGUUGUCUUGACAAUGCACAUCCCUUGCAUUUUGGGUGACAUUUCUAAACCACAGAUUUCUAAAAAAAAAAAAAAAAAAAAAAGAUUGAUCAUGUAGUGUUUACAAGAAAAUCUAAUAAAAGUAUUUUUUAUCUUAUUGAUUGGUCAUUAAAGGAACAUUUUCACCAUAUUCAUCAUUUCAUAAAUGUGAUGUCCAAAUGUGUUUGAAUCAAGUUUAAAAAUCAACACCAGAUGGAAUGCUGAUUUUUAUUCUGAAACUGUAACUCUGCAAAGAACGUGUACACUCAACAUUCUUUGCAAGGGAAGAGGAGGCAGUGUGUGCAUCUGAAUAACAUGUAUAUUAAUCUAACAUACAACUGGUCCUUGUGUAAAUGACUCUACAAUGAUAAAAGUUCUGAACAUUUUUUUUUUUUUUUAAAUACAUUUCCUUUUAUGUGGUCGAAAAGUCAA